UGUGGCGCUCGGAACAUGGCGGGCGUCUGCGACGCGGCCGCCCCGGGAGAAGGCGGCGGUGGCGGCGCGGACGGCACCGAGCGGACGGGCCGCGGCGAGGCGGAGCAGCCGGGCGGCGGCGGCCACGGGCCCGCGCCUCAGCACACCGAGACGCUGGGCUUCUACGAGAGCGACCGGCGGCGGGAAAAGCGCCGCGGCCGCGCAGAACUUUCAUUAUUGAGGUUCCUCAGUGCUGAACUAACAAGAGGGUACUUCCUCGAACAUAACGAGGCCAAGUAUACAGAGCGAAGAGAAAGAGUGUACACUUGUAUGCGAAUACCAAGAGAAUUGGAAAAGCUCAUGUUUUUUGGAAUCUUCCUGUGCCUCGAUGCCUUUCUGUAUGUGUUCACCCUGCUUCCUUUAAGAGUCUUCCUGGCGCUGUUCAGGCUCUUCACUCUGCCUUGCUAUGGCCUACGGGACAGACGUUUGCUUCAGCCUGCACAGGUGUGUGACAUUUUGAAGGGUGUCAUUUUGAUAAUCUGCUAUUUUAUGAUGCACUAUGUUGACUACUCCAUGAUGUACCACCUGAUAAGAGGGCAGUCUGUCAUCAAGCUCUAUAUCAUCUACAACAUGCUAGAGGUAGCCGAUCGUCUGUUCUCUUCAUUUGGACAAGAUAUCUUAGAUGCUCUCUACUGGACAGCCACCGAGCCUAAAGAAAGAAAAAGAGCACACAUCGGAGUCAUCCCUCACUUUUUUAUGGCUGUUCUCUAUGUCUUUCUACAUGCAAUUCUCAUAAUGGUUCAAGCAACGACUCUCAAUGUGGCUUUUAACUCUCACAACAAGUCGCUGCUUACCAUCAUGAUGUCCAACAAUUUUGUUGAAAUUAAAGGAAGUGUUUUCAAGAAGUUUGAAAAGAACAAUCUCUUUCAGAUGUCAAAUAGUGAUAUUAAGGAACGAUUCACAAAUUAUGUGCUUUUGCUAAUAGUGUGCUUAAGAAACAUGGAACAGUUUUCUUGGAAUCCAGAUCAUCUCUGGGUGUUGUUUCCCGAUGUCUGUAUGGUGAUCGCGUCAGAAAUUGCUGUGGAUAUUGUAAAGCACGCCUUUAUCACCAAAUUCAAUGACAUCACUGCAGAUGUCUACAGUGAGUAUAGAGCCAGCCUUGCAUUUGACCUUGUCAGCAGCCGACAGAAAAAUGCAUAUACAGACUACAGUGACUCGGUAGCACGGAGAAUGGGAUUUAUUCCUCUCCCGCUAGCUGUCUUACUCAUCAGAGUUGUAACAAGCUCAAUUAAAGUGCAAGGAAUCCUGUCCUAUGCCUGUGUCAUACUCUUCUAUUUUGGGUUGAUCUCCCUGAAAAUACUUAAUAGCAUUGUGCUGUUGGGGAAGUCAUGUCAAUAUGUGAAGGAAGCCAAAAUGGAAGAGAAGCUGUUUAAUCCUCCCCCAGCCAGCACUCCCGGGAAACCCUCCAGUAAAUCCCAGAGCAAGUGCAAGUCCUCUCAAGGCCUUUCCACGGAAGAAAACCUGUCCACUUCCAUCACCAGCCAGCCUGUUCAUCAGAAAGAAAACGUCAUACCCUUACUUGUGACCAGCAAUUCUGAUCAGUUUCUGACAACCCCAGAUGGCGAUGAGAAGGACAUAACACAGGAAAAUUCUGAAUUAAAACACAGAUCCUCAAAGAAAGAUUUGCUAGAGAUAGACAGGUUCACAAUCUGUGGGAACCGGAUUGACUGAGUUUGUAGCCAAUGAGGUGAAGAUGCCGGGCCCUGGGACCACAGAUGCUGGUCUGCCAGGACACACUUGCUAAAAAUGGCACUUAAAUAUUUAUUUAAAAACUUAAAUUAUUAAUGGCAAGCAAAUCUUAGUAUCUUUCCUCCAGUACUGUGGCCUGGCAGAAGGGCAGACCACGGGACAGCGCCGGCCUCUGGCCUUGACUCUGGGAUGCUGGUGGAGGGUGAACAUUUCCUCCUGCUUGGCCAACAGCAGCAGCACUUCCGGCACCCAGCCAGAGCACUGCAAGAGUUCCUAUGCGUUGUCAGCCUGGGCUUCCAGAAUGUUGGAUUUUCCUCCAAGCCUCUUCAGUAUAAGGACAUACCUGGGAAACUGUGAAGCUUUUACCAUGAAUACCUUUCUAGUCUCAUACAGUUUUCACAAACUCUUUCCAAACUUGACUCCAUCUGCCAAAGCAUUAAAAAAAAUUAUUAAAUAUAAGUCCAGAUAAAUGUUCUUACCACCAGAGUCAUACUUGGCAAUACAUCUAAACUAAGCAAAAUAAAAGGCUACUUAAACACAUGAUGACUAACAGCAUCUUAGAGGAAACAGAGCUCUCGGCCCUUUCAUUCUCUUACUUCAUGAAGGUCAUGUGUCACUGAGAAAUGCUUCCUGCUCUCUCAGUUACUCUCAGCAGUGUGAACUGUGUGGUUCUUAAUGGCAGUGACCCAGUAAAAGGCAGUUACAGUGAGGGCACAGAGCAAUGUCAACUGUAGACAUUUUCUCCAGUUUCACUUUAAAGCUGCAUCAGUUAUUACAAGUCAGUAGAUUUGGUGUUGAAUUGUUGAAAAGCUGUUGAUAUACAAAAUCAAAGUGGUUGCCAUCGACAGGCUGGUUUGUUGGUUUUAGUUUUGUUUUGAGUAGCAGUUUUAAAGUGUUCACAGCGGGUUGAGCAGCGUCACCUUGCCGGGCUUGUAGACUGCACAUGUCCUUCCAUUGCUCUGUGUUCUGUGUGGGAAAGGGAGAGUGGGUGCCUUUGCUGGGAGAGUCCCUCCAUGACUGUAAAAGGGUGUUUCAGAUACAAGAGGAUACUACAGUUGGAUACUGGGAAUAGCAACCCAAAGGGUGCUUUGGGGUUUUUCUUUGAGAUAAAGAUGCUGUUCCUGCUUCAUUACUAGUUGGUGGCAUCCAGGGGCAAGUUCUCACCACCCCAUUUUUAUCCUGAGAACCUUUUCUGCACUUCUCUUAAAAGAAAAUUGACCGUAUCUGAUUUCUGAACUAUCUGGAAGAUGGUACUCUUAACUGAUUUCCUUUGCUGUACCACUUAUGAAACUCGGCUCUUAUUCAAACAUUUUGGGCACAGAUGGCAAGUUUUAGAUGGUUUUCCUGUAUCCUGGAUAAAUGUAAAACUAGUUUUGAUGCUUUGGCUUAUGCACUUGAAAUAAAGGAGAGUUUCUAAUGAUUUGCACUAACAGAAUCUAAAGAUAGCUGUUGGAAAUGAUAUAUAUGCCUUGUGAAACCAGGAAGCAGUUUUAAGUUUAAAAUGAACAUUUUCAUUCUUUGGUGUAUGUUUGUUUCAGUGGGGCCCCAUUUUUAAACUAUUCUUUUUACCAACAAGAAAGUGUCCAUUUCAGCUAGGAGCAGUGUGGAGAAAGCUCUGCCAAACUCAGCCCUCUCAGAACAAGAACAUGGCCUAGAUGUCUCCUCAGUUCCGCUUGAAUUUUCUGUUUCUGUGUUGUUUUCUGAAGAAUGCAUUUCCUUUGCAGAUGCUAGUGGGAGUGGGGAUAACACUCACUUCUGUCCUAACGGCAUUCAGUACUAAUUUUAUAAGUGCAUCUUGUGUGAAACUCAAUAAAUUCAAUUUUGUAAUCUU